AUGCUGGCAACAAGGCGUGUCACUGUGGGCCCGGGCGGCAAGCUGUCCACCAUUCCUUCCUUUCGUGCUGCUCCUCAGUCACAGGGAGGGGCAGCAGGAGAUGGUGGUGGAGAGGGAGGGGAGGUGGAGCUGCGGCGAACAGCAACAGAGAGGAAGGGAGCGAGUGCGAAGGGUGUGGGAGGGGGAGCAGCGGUGCUGAUGCCACGGAGCAGGACGAUGAGUGUGGGUGGGGAUGCGCAGUACCGGAGAAAGGUGGUUGUGAAUGGGGUUCCUGUGCCGGACCAGAGGGUGCUUGUUGCAGAGCAGAGGAUUGGGGAGAUCGAACCUGGAAAUUACUGGUAUGACUGCAGAGCUGGAUUCUGGGGGCCUGUUGGGAGUGCAUCAUUGGGCGUCAUACCAGCUUUUAUGCGUGAGCUAGGCAAUACCCCCAUGUCUAUGGAUUGUUCGGCCGGUAAGAGCAAGAUUCUGGUGAAUGGACGAGAACUGCAUCGAAAGGAUGUCAAGAUCCUGGCAGAGAAGGGCUUUCCCGAGACAUUGGGAGGCCGCUACACGCUCGAUGCAGAUGGCACUCUAGUCAAUGAGUUUGGACGAGUGGUGGCUAACCUUGGGAGCCUGCUGGAGGAUGGCAAGAAGGAUGGCUUAUUUAUGAAAGCUGGGUCGGAGAUCAAGGUCAAGCAGAAGAAAUAA